UAAGGUUUUUGAGAGCCAUUUAUUAAAGACUCCUUCCCGACCCCAAAACCAAACAAGCGCCCCACAGUCGCUACGAAAAAGAUCAAUCUCUCCCAAUCCUAAAGUUCCUCAUUCCAAACCCUAGCGAGACCGAUCUCUCUCAAUUCUUCCCGGCGUAAUACCCUCCGAUCGAGUUCGUAUAUUUUGAAGGCGGUGUGUCAGAACCUUCGAUGACGAAUCGCUAUCGAAUCGCGUAGGCAACCACACCGAUUUCCUUGUUCAUCCAGAUAUCUACGAGGAGCAUGAGAACCGGUCUCUGUAGACGAUUUCGCUCCCAGCAUCUUCCGAUCGUCGAUUAGGGGAAAAUCAUCGCAGAUCUCUCCUACGGAUCUCAGGGGCGGUCAUCUCUUACUCUUCCCUUGCGUCGAUUGCAACGUUGGUUAGGGUUUUCAGAUUUUUUGUUCUUCUCAAGAUUUUAUUUCUGAUCGCGGCUGGGAUCGUUUCGAGGGUCACAAUCUGUAAACCGUCCGCUGUGUUCGUAUUGUAACCGCUUGCUGUUGAAUUUGAUUCAGUACCACUUAAGAGUUUGGAGUAAAAUUUCAUAUCUACUCGGAGAAUUUUUUGAAAGCUGUCGAUUGGGAUACUGUGGAGAGCUCGGCUACAUACUUUGGUGUACAAGUCUCUACCAGAGUGGAUUGUAUUGGUUUGGUCGAGUUUUGUUUGUACUUUGUAUACCAGGCCUGUUCUUUACUCACAGGCUGACGAUUAGUGCUUUUGUUAUUCGGUUAUUAUAUUAUUGUUUUAUUUGUUGAAAAAAAGAAGCCAUGGCUGUGUAUUACAAAUUUAAGAGUGCAAAAGACUAUGAUUCAGUCACUAUGGAUGGUCCUUUUAUCUCUGUUGGUACUUUGAAAGAAAAAAUAUUUGAAUCAAAGCAUCUAGGCAGGGGUACAGACUUCGACCUUGUGGUCACUAAUGCCCAGACUAAUGAAGAGUAUCUUGAUGAAGCGAUGUUAAUCCCAAAAAAUACAUCUGUGUUAAUUCGACGGGUUCCUGGACGACCUCGAAUGCCUAUUGUUACUCAGCAAGAGCCAAAGGUAGAAACUAAAAUGGAGGACACCCAGCCAGUAAAGAGUAGCAUCCCUUUUGCUGAUGCAUCUGUUACAAAAUAUACCGAGGAUGUCGAGUGGGAUGAGUUUGGUCACGACUUGUAUGCAAUUCCUGAGGCCCCUCCAAUUCAGGCCAGCAAUCCAUUAAUUGAUGCUCCGCCAACAAAUAAUGCUGACGAGGAUAGCAAACUGAAGGCCUUGAUUGAGACUCCUGCCUUGGACUGGCAGCGUCAAGGUGUUGAUGGUUUUGGUGGUCCAGGAAGAGGUUAUGGAAGGGGUAUGGCUGGUAGAAUGGGUGGACGUGGUUUUGGGUUCGAGCGGAAAAAACCUCCAGAAGGCUAUGUAUGCCAUCGGUGCAAAACACCCGGGCAUUUCAUACAGCACUGUCCUACAAAUGGUGAUCCAAAUUAUGAUGUCAAAAGAGUGAGGCCGCCUACGGGCAUUCCUAAGUCAAUGCUGAUUGCCACCCCAGACGGCUCUUAUGCAUUGCCGAGUGGUGCAGUUGCUGUUUUGAAGCCAAAUGAGGCUGUUUUUGAGAAAGAAAUCGAAGGCUUACCUUCCACUCGUCCUGUUGGUGAUCUUCCUCCGGAAAUGCACUGCCCCAUGUGCAAUGAAGUAAUGAAAGAUGCUGUCUUCACGAGCAAAUGCUGUUUCUCAAGUUUUUGUGAUAAGUGUAUCAGGGACCAUAUCAUAUCAAAGUCAAGGUGCAUUUGUGGUGCAACAGAUGUACUCGCUGAUGAUCUUCUGCCAAAUAAAACGGUAAGGGAUACAAUCAACCGUAUUUUAGAGAAUGGUGGUAAUAGUAGUGCUGAAAAUGCCGGAAGCGCCUUUCAAGUCCAAGAUAUGGAGUCGAAGAUUCCACAGCCUAGAAUUCCAUCACCUAUUCAUUCUGUUGGAUCCAAAGGAGAGGAGAAACCACCGUGCCGUAAGGAGGAAACCCCUAUUGUAAAGGAAAUGGUAGAUGAAGUGAAGCCUUUGAAUGCCCAUCCAAGGGUCUUGGAGCAGGUGAGGACUGUGAAAGUGGCUGAUAUAUCAGAAGCUACGCUAGAGUCUAUGAGUAUAAAGGAGCCUGCUUCACAGAGAAGUGCUCCACCAGUGGAGGAAGAAGUGCAGCAGAAGCUAACUUCUGGUGAGGCAGGAAAGAAGAAGAAAAAGAAGAAAGUCCGCAAUCCUUCGAAUGACUUACAGUGGCGAACCUCUCAAGAUCUUGCAGCCGAUCCAUAUAUGAUGCCACUUGGACCCUCUGCUUAUAAUCCUUACUGGAAUGGCAUGCAGCUGGGGAUGGAAGGGUACAUGGGUCCCUAUGCUGGUGGAAUACCCUAUAUGGGACCCUCUGCCUAUAAUCCUUACUUGGACAUGCCUUUUGGUGGUAUCAUGCCUCCAGACCCUUUUGGUGCACAAGGCUUCAUGAUGCCAGUAGUCCCACCACAGAGGGAUCUUGCAGAAUUUGGAAUGGGUAUGAAUGUUGCACCUCCUGUCAUGAGCAGAGAGGAAUUUGAGGCUCGUAAGGCCGACGUGAAGCGGCGGCGUGAAAAUGGGAGACAUGAUGAAAGCAGGGAAUUCUCUAGUGGUCGGAACUUCAACAGGGAAGUGGGCGGCGUUGAUGAUGGUUCUUCAAUGAAAUCAAAAUCUAAAACUCUUCCUUGGUCAUCAGGUGGGGAUCCGCACCACCGCAGAUCUGAGAGGCCCUCGCCGGAUCUUUCCGCACGCGGCUGCCUAGAACCACCUCCUCUGCCCUUGAAAAGAAAGUCGAUCGAGCACCAUGACAGCAACCGUGAUCGGGAUCGGGGUCGGGAUGAUGCUCGUAAAGAUGGGGCCAGCGACCGGCGCCACCAUCACCAGCCUCGUUCUUCAGAGCCCAAGCCCACUCACACUGAGAGUGCUGCAGCCGCCGCCGCCGCUGCUGCCGACCGCAAGCAGAAGGCAAGCGUUUUCUCUCGCAUAAGCUUUCCGGAGGGGGAAGCAGCCAAGAAGCGCAAGCACUCCUCUUCGAGCGAUAUAGCUGCUGCAUCCGGAGCUAAUGCAUCUAAUCACAAGUCGUCAGCAGCCUACGAGGACUAUAAGGCAUCAAAGGCGGUGGCUUUGGCAUCAUCUGCGGGAGGCAGGAAGAACACUAGUGUUGCUACCGCUGACUAUGAGUCGAGUGACGACGAGAGGCAUUUCAAGAGAAAGCCUUCAAGGUAUGAGCCAUCUCCACCUCCACCGGAGGAGUGGGAAGACCGUGCAAGGCACUCUAAGGGCUCCGGGGAUCGGGAACGCAGGCAUAGAUAGAAAGUGUGUAUUGUGUGGAAUUGAAGAUGCUGCUGCAAUCAUGGAUUGAAGCGUCUCUCCAGAAAUUGCUGUUUCUAAUGGGCAAAAUGUGCCCGCGACUGAGUAAUUAAUUACCCCCUUGUGGGAAGAACAGCAUGGAUGAUUAUGAUUUGAUAUUUGGGUUAUUUGAGUUCUCUGUUUUCGGUACAAUAUCUAUUUUACAUUUUUAAUAAAUAAUAAAAGUUUUUGUUCAUCUUCA